AUGGUUCUCACGAAAGUGAUAACGUUUCUUGUUCUCUUCGUCUCUAUCUCACCGUCCUUGGCGCAGUCCAAAGAUGGUGGACAUGUCUCCUUACAAGUCUCGCAAACGGGUCUUGACUUCGCUAAAGACUUCCUCAUCCAGAAGGUGAUAUCCACGUCUCUUCCGCUUCAGCUACCUGAGAUAGAGAAGAAGGUUAAGAUCCCUUUGAUAGGGAAAGUAAGGAUGGGUCUGUCCAAUAUCAAGAUUUACGCGGUCGAUGUUCAGUCAUCGAAGGUCGAGACUGGAGAAGGUGGACUCGUUUUGAGUGUUUCAGGGGCAACAGCAAAUGUGAGCAUGGAUUGGUCGUAUGCUUAUAAAGCGUCCUUCUUUCAUAUCUCUGAUCAUGGUGCUGCUUCUGUUAAGGUUAAAGGAAUGGAUUUGAAAAGCACUGUCACUUUGGUUGGUGAUAAAGGAAGUCUAAAGAUUGCUUCAAGGGAUAGUGAUUGUAAGGUGAAGAGCAUUGGUAUUCAUGUCAAUGGUGGUGCUUCUUGGCUGUAUCAAGGGGUGGUUGAUGCAUUUGAGAAGAAGAUUAUUUCAACUGUUGAAGAGACUGUUUCUAAUAAGAUUUUGGAGAAAAUGAAGAAGCUUGAUGCUAAGUUGCAAUCACUUCCAAAAGAGGGAAAAAUUGAUGACAAUGUUGCAGUGAACCUCACUUUUACAGGAAACCCUGUGUUGGAUAAUUCUUCUGUUGAAGUUGGAAUUAAUGGUUUGUUCAUGGCAAAUGGUGAUGGUGUUAAAGUUUCAGGAUUUCAGUCUUCUUCCUCCUUUCCCAAAGUUAAAAGAAUGAUGGGAAUUGCAAUAAAAGAAGAAGUUUUCAACUCUGCAACACUUGUCUACUUCAUUGCAAAGAAGAUGCAUCUGGAUAUCGAGCAAACGAAGAACGGGUCAGCUCUAAGCACAUCUGACUGGAAACUCAUACUUCCAGAACUCUACAAACAAUAUCCAGAUGUUAAAAUGAUGCUUAACAUGUCUGUAACUUCUCCUCCUGCCGUUAACAUCACAGAGAAUGGCAUUGAUGGUACGAUUAAUCUAGAGAUAUCAAUCCAUGUCAAAAACUCUGGAGUAGUCCUACCCGUAGCACGCUUAUCAACGGCUAUGAGUGUUGCGGGUACUGCGGAAAUAGCAGAGAAUAAUUUAGCAGGUAGCCUUAAGUUAAAAGGUUUCAAUGCAACGAUGACGUGGAGUAAACUUGGAGAUCUUCAAGCGAACUAUAUUCAGGAUGUGGCGUCGACGAUUCUUGAAUCUUUGUUUUUGCCGUACGUAAACACACGCCUUAAGAGAGGUUUCCCUUUGCCGUUUACGCAUGGUUUCAAGAUCAAAAACACAGAGAUUGUGUAUGUUGAAAAUGGUGUUAUGGUCUGCAGUGAUGUAGCCUCUGGUAAGAUAAUAACGGUUUCUCAAGAUUAG